AGGUCUCGCCAAUCUCCAGGCCACGAGCUAGAGCAUCGCCACCCACACUACACAGCUCGUAGCACGGGAGUAGGCAGAGCUCAGGUGCUAGCCAGCUAGCUAGGAUGGCGUCCAAGGCCGAGCUGGUGGUGGAGGUGAAGUCCCCGGCGGACAAGCUGUGGGCGGCGCUGCGCGACUCCACGGAGCUGUUCCCCAAGAUCUUCCCCCAGCAGUACGAGAGCAUCGAGACCGUCGAGGGCGACGGCAAGUCUGCCGGCACCGUCCGCCUCCUCAAGUACACCGAGGGGGUGCCGAUGCUGACGUUCGCCAAGGAGAAGCUGGAGCUGGCGGACGACGAGAACAAGGUGGUGGCGUACAGCGUGGUGGACGGCGAGCUGGUGAACUUCUACAAGAACUUCAAGAUCACGCUCAAGGUGUCCCCCGCCAAGGAGGGCGAGGCCGGCGCCGUCGUCAACUGGUCCAUGGAGUUCGACAAGGCCAACGACCAGGUGCCCGACCCUGACGUCAUCAAGGAGACCGCCACCAAGACGUUCCACGACCUCGACGACUACCUCCUCAAGAACUAGGCGGCGGGGGGUCGUCCACCCGCUGAGGCAUCGGCGAUCGGUCGCAUUCAGUCGUUUAGCACGCUAGUGCAUGUCGCUGGUGGUGGUGUCCGAGUCCGUGUUCGAGUUGGUGUGGUAGCUACGGCGGGUCGUGUCCUUGAACUGUCUCCGGUUGAUGUUGCUGCAGCGAUCAUGUGCGUCUGCACUCUGCAGGUUGCAAUUAGUCCCAGUCAAUAAAGCUGUUCGUGUUCAUUGUGCA